UAAGACCAACCCCCCCUGGAUGUUUCAGUUAGGUUCUGCUGCUCUGGUGUCUUGCUUGUCAGUUCUCUUGUGCGGUGGUUAGUGUCGAUUCUCCUCAACGCAUUGAUAAGAUCUCUACAAAUAAUAUUCAAGGAGUUGGACAAUAAGCGGCUCAGUCAAGACCCCUUCAAACAGAGCACAUGAGCACCCCCUGGUGGCAUUGACAAGCAUAACACCUGUGAUCAGAGACGUGGGGAAAGAGAACCACUACCUGGCUCAGCUGCAACUAACACCUCUUGUCUAUUGGAUUAUAGUUCUAUGGAGCGAAACUCACAGAGAGCCCCCAUACCAACUGGUAUUGAUCGGUAACUGAAGCAUGACAAGUUAAACUAUGCGUUAAUUAAUACCUAGAAUAAGGUAUUAAAAAGUCAACCAAAGAGUUCACUAAAGAAGACAACAAACAACAGAAACAUGGAGAUGGAAGCCUCCCGUGCUGCUUACGCUGGGACCUUCCCCACUGAAUCUAUAGGCUCUCUACCCACCAACACCUCCUCUCCAAGCCUGCUCCAAUUCUUCUGGGAUUACCAGAACAAUGAUGUCAUUGUGACGCACUACAACUACACAGGCAAGCUCCAGACAGACCGGUAUCGUGAGGGGUUAAAACCUGAAGCCAUAGCCUUCCUGGUAGUGUGUCUUCUUAUCAUCCUGGAGAAUGCUGUGGUUCUAAUAGCCAUCUGGACCAAUAAGAAGUUCCACCUGCCCAUGUACUAUCUCCUAGGUAACCUGACUCUGUCAGACCUCCUGGCCGGUGUCACCUACAUGGCCAAUAUCAUCAUGUCUGGUCCUAAUACACUGAGACUAACUCCAAUACUCUGGUUUCUGAGGGAAGGAGGCGUCUUUAUCACAUUAGCCGCCUCCGUCAUCAGCCUAUUGGCCAUCGCGAUAGAACGCCACGUUACCAUGGUGACAAUGAAACCAUACCACGGGGCAAAGAAGGGUCGGCUGCUGGCUCUGAUCGGGGGGAGCUGGGCGUUAGCAGGGCUGCUGGGGGUGCUCCCCGUCCUGGGCUGGAACUGUAUGGGUCGCCUGGACCGCUGUUCCACGGUUCUCCCGCUCUACGCCAAGUCUUACAUCCUGUGCUGCGUGUCCGUGUUCAGCGGCGUGCUCCUCGCCAUCGUCGUUCUCUACGCCCGCGUCUUCCGUAUCGUGCGCACUAACACCCAGCGCCAACGCCUCGGAGGAGCAAAGGGAAGCCUUCGCAAAGGCCUCGCCAGGAAAUCCCAGAAGUACAUGGCGCUCCUCAAGACAGUCACUAUUGUACUCGGCGUCUUCAUCGCUUGUUGGUUGCCGCUCUUCCUCCUCCUCGGCCUAGACUCAUUCUGCCCUGCCCGCCGCUGCCGACUGCUCCUCAAGGCGGACUACUUCCUGGGCGUUGCCAUGGUGAACUCGCUCCUCAACCCCAUAAUAUACACCCUGACCAGCAAAGACAUGCGUCGCGCUAUUUUAAAACUGCUCUGCCGCCCGUGUCUCAUGACCAAGGACGGGCAGGUGAAGAGGAUGGGGGUGCCGUUCCUGGAGUGUAGCUUCAGUAAGACGGAGGUGGCAUCGAAGAAGCUGGAAGGCCUGGAGACGACGAUCUCCUCUGGGAACAUCGUCACGGCUCAGUCACCCAUAAAGACUCUCUACCCCAAGCUCUUCAAGGUCUAAAGAGCCUAAUGUGGAUAGCUCUGUGAUGGACAGGUAACUAACUCCCUAUAGAAGAUGGACAACAUAAGUGCUCCAUAUGGCCUCCUGAAAAGACAGACCUGAGGGACCCUUUGGGCAGCUCUGUGUUUAAGAGAGUAAACCAUAGAAUUAGGGGCUUUGUCCCUUCCAGUAAUUGUAUUUCUAUGGAGUGAACUUCAUAUUGAAGUGGUGGACAACAGGAGUGCUCAAUAUGGCCACCUGAAAACGGCAUCACUUCCUUUUUGGCAACUCCACUCUAAUGGCCUUCGGCAGACUAGCCUACAUCUAUAGCUCUCUUCUGGCCAAUGAACUAAGCCUAAGAGCAAACCCUCAAAAAGACAGGUGAAUGAUCUAUGAUUGCGACAGAUAUAGCUACAGGUGUUUUUGAUGAGAGCAUCAAGUUCAGACAUAUCUCUCUUCAGCAAGUCUGUAGUGGUGCACUUGCAGCAAUAUCACCACAUCAAAAGACUGAUGUUGUAAGAAUGAUGACUAAACAUAAAGCCAGGUGGAAGAAAUGAAAAUGUGAAUUAAGCAACUCUUCUGGUAUUCACAAAAACCUUCCAGAACUGAUUUGCACUAAGUUAACUCUGCAUUGAGAGAGCAUUGAAAGCCAUGGAUUAAGAUUGGACAUUCUGUUCUAGAACUAAGACUGUAACCUGGACAUUCCAACCAUGUUGAGUUGUUGUGGCGAGUGCGCCUCCGUUUACUUCACCCAACGUUUUCUAUGUUGUUGUUGUUGUUGUUGUUGUUGUUUGAAAUGCCUUAAAGAAGGCAUAAUAUGGACAUAAUAAUAAUAUGCCUGUGGACACCUGGACUUCGCUGGCUCGAAGGUCCAUGUUGUGCCUGCCUGUGUCCCAAAUGGCACCCUAUUCCCUAUACAGUGCACUACUUUUGACAUUUGGGGUACACUCCGAGACGCCGGUUGUGAUAACCCCAUACAGCUACACAGUGUGCCCAAACAGAAGCCUAUACAGGAAGUGGAUGCUGUGUUGUUCACCCACCAGUUGCUCUUUGAAACACAAACACACAAUGGAAACCUACGCACGCACCUAAACAUUGUGGUACCUGGAUGUGGAGGGAGAUGUCAAACAAUAUUAAGAUCACAGGAUGCUGGUGAGGGGAGGACGGCUCAUAAUAAUGGCUGGAAUAGAAUAAAUGGAAUGGUGUUAAAAGUCAUAUAAACCAAGUGUUUUCUACCGUUCCAUUAAUUCUGUUCCAGCCAUCACUAUAAGCCCCUCCUCCCCAAUUAAGGUGCCACCAGCCACCCGUGACUAAGAUUAUAAUUUGAGUAGAAAAUCUCCCCAUUAGUGGCAUUGUAGCUGUUGUUCUGGGCUUACUCAGUCAAGUGGAAACUACCUGUUGGUUCCUGAUUGGAAUUCAUAUUUGAAAUGCCAUCACACACACUACAAUACAAAAACACUACUAUAAGAAUGUCACCAUGAACCCAACUACCUGCAGCUCUAAUCAGUGUAGACUUCUUCCCCAAGCAAAGGACUUCAUGCAGUCCUUCGUGUUCCUCUUGUGUUAUUGUAUCGAUAAGAACCGUCUGUUGCACCUGGGGGUCUCUGUUUUGAAGACCGUGUUUUAACCGAUGAAACAACAGAUCACCAGGUAACCGGUUACCAUCCUAACCUGCCAGUCGGCAUCAUCCAGCUGCAUUGGCUGUUUGGUAACGUUAGACUAGAACGUGCUUGUCAGCUAUAAAUCAAGAUCAAAGUGGGAAGAUACACAGAUGUAUACAGUGCAAUUCUAAGUUACAAACCCAUUGACACAUCUGUUAUUUCUGGCUUUAGAGAGGCUUUUCCUAUACAGUCUAUGGACCUGAAUGUAUAUUUUUCUACGUUUAAACUGGUAAUGUCAUCUAGCAAUUCCAAAAUAAAUCGUGUUCUGUAUUUGGAUGGAUGAGAUGGUGCACCAUACUUUUGUACUGCGUGUUGUGUAUUGAGCAAUUUAUUUUUGUAUUUCUAAAGGAAUUUGUUAGGGCUUGUACUUUGUACUGUAAAGUAUAUGCUUUUUGUACUACCAAGGUUCUACCAUUAUUAAAACAACUGUUUUCUGAAGAAUCUGAUUAUAAAGUUGGUGUUCACUCUGCAGGAUUAUACACAGGUGUUCAGUGCCUUCAGAAAGUAUUCAAACUUUUUCCAUAUGUUGUUGUUACAGCCGGGAUUUAAAAUGGAUUCAAUUGAGAUUUUGUGUCACUGGCCUACAGACAAUACCCCAUAAUGUCAAAGUAGAAUUAUGUUUUACUAAUUAAUUCCAAAUGAAAAGCUGAAAUGUGUUAAGUCAAUAAGUAUUUUCCUCCUUUGUUAUGGGAAGCCUAAAUAGGUUCAGGAGUCAAAUUGAGCUUAACAAGUCACAAGUUGCAUGGACUCUCCAAUAAAAGUGUUUAACAUGAUUUUUGAAUGAUGCCCUUAUUUCUGUCCCCCACACAUCUGUAAGGUCCCUCAGUCCAGCAGUGAGUUCAACCACAAAGACCAGGGAGGUGUUACAGAACCUCCCAAAGAAGGGCACCUAUUGGUAGAUGGGUACAAAUAAAUUAAAAACAGAGGAAAAGCUGGUUGUCUGCUUUCCAACAGACACUGGGAGACAAAUUCACCUUUCAGCAGGACAAUAACCUAAAACACAGAGAGUUGCUUACCAAGAAGACAGUCAAUGUUCCUGAGUGGCCUAGUUACGGUUUUGAAUUAAAUCAACGUGAAAACCUAUGGCAAGACUUGAAGAUGGCUGUCUAGCAGUGAUCAACAACCACUUUUACAGAACUUUUAAUUGUUUAAAAAAAUAUAUGUAACCUUUAUUUAACUAGGCAAGUCAGUUAAGAACAAAUUCUUAUUUACAAUGACGGCUUACACCAGCCAAACCGGGACGACACUCGGCCAAUUUUGCGCCGACCUAUGGGACUCCUAAUCGCAGCCGGUUGUGAUACAGCCGGCCGUAAAAUAUUGUACUAUCCAGUUAUUCAAAGCUCUUAGAGACUUACCCAGAAUGACUCACAGCUGUAAUCACUGCCGAAUGUGAUUCUAACAGGGGUGUGAAUGCUUAUGUGACUUGAGAUAUUUAUGUAUUUAAUUUUCAAUUAAAUUUGCUAAAAUGUUUGUAAACAUGUUUUCACUUUGUCCUUAAGGGGUAUUGUGUGUAGAUGGGUGAGAAAAACAACAAUUGAAUACAUUUAGAAUUCAGGCUGUAACACAAACCGUAGAUAAGUCAAGGGGUAUGAAUACUUACUGAAGGCACUGUAUGUGUGUGUGUGCAAACCUGCGUGUACUUGUGCAUACGUGCGUUGGCGUGCACGUCCUUCCCUCGUGGAAGAGCUGAGUGAGUGAAAUAGCAUUUCUUAGAGAACUGUGGCAGGAAACAGUCUCAGACCCCCAUCUCCAACAUCUGUUAAUAACAUUGGUCUGGAUACUGUAUAGCUUCUGACAUGAUUCAAAUAUUUAUGUCGUCCAGCUCCUGUCUGACUGACUGCGAACACACAAAGAGCCUAUUCUUCAAAGCCAGGCCCCUGACACAUGGCCUUCCUGUCUCUCUUAACCUGUUAUACCAGGGUCGUAUUAAUACAGUAUCAAACAGGAAGAAAAAAGACUAACAGGAAGGGAUGACCACCUGAGCUUGUCCAAUAAGAAAGUCUUGUUUUCAUGAUCCUUGGCAAAAAAAAAGUGUGGUGCACUAAUGAAUACAUUAGUUACAUGUAGACAUAAUGAGGUGUUGUUUCACCAGGCUGACACAUAAUCCCAGCUCGUAACUCAUCCAAGGCACACUAGUCUUGUCCUCUGGUUGUGCGUCAUAGAUACGGUCCAGAAAUGGCCCAGAAAUGGACAUACACAUGUAUGGUAAUAAAAUGGUUAUAGGUUUCUAAAGCUGCA